CGCAGUAUCUUACGAUCGAUUACGGCGAAAUCUCCGCAUUGUAUUUCGUUAAUCAUAAACACAUUUCUUAUGUUGGCUUUUUCGUAUGUGCUUAUCGCAUCAUUCUUGUUGAAAGAGAAACAAUCGUGUUUGCUCAAACAUAAGACAAAGUAGUGAAAGAUAGCAUAGUCAAGAGUGGAUAAGGUUGAAAUCAAGUGAAAAAGAAUAUUCGGGCGGAUACGUAAUCACAUUAUAGAUUAUUAUUUAUGGUAUUUCGCAUAAACAUAAAAUCAAUAUAAUUCGACCAAGUAUUUAUGUUUACGCCUUUCUCUACUUUUAAUCGAUUAACGCAUGUUAUCUUAAAAAACCUUUUUUUUGUGCAAACGUGCCACGUGUAUGCAAGAUUAGAUCAAUCAAAAAGCAUUGAAGUGCGUAUUUAAUAUCACAAUUGGACAGCUGUGACCUUGAAAUCGUGUUAAGGAAAUUAUAGAAAUUAAGAAUAUAAAAAUUUGUUUAGUUCGAGGCCUUGCCUCGUCGCUAUACGAUCCUGAGGUGCGAUCGUAGCGCCAUCACGCAGUCUCACUCACGAUCGAAGGUGAGAAGGGCGUGCGGAGUAGUGGGGGAACCGGCACAGGAGUCGUGUCCCGCGUGCGAGCGAGCGUACACACGUGUGCCCCCUCCGCUCUCUUCUCGCCACGCAAAUACCAAUCGUGAACGGACGAAACGGACGAAAAUGUCGUCGCGGAAGAGGACGAACAUACUGUCAGAGCUCUCGGUCCAACGCUGGAACUCUUCGAAAGUGAAAUCCAAGAAGAUCCUCAUUUUUUCAACUAAGAAGAGAUAAAUUUCAUUUGUACUUACUCCUUCACAAAAAUGGAAGACUCACUGAGAUACGAGGAUCCCGGCAUGUAUAAAACACGAUCGCCCUAUAGUCUGCGGAGAUUGGGAGACAUGGUGCCAGCAAGAGUUGUCCUGUAUAUGCUCUCUUUCUCCGGGUUUCUCGUUUCCUUUAUGAUGAGAACUGAUAUCAAUCUUGCGAUGGUGGCCAUGGCAAAACCAACUGUAAUGUCAAAUGCCACGGCCACCGAGACGUCUCAUUAUUGUUACAAAUCGGCGAACAUGUCGCACGUGGAGAAUAACAAUAAUAAUAACUCUAUUAGAUCGGAGGAAGAGGGUGAGUUCGACUGGAGUCCAGCCAUUCAGUCUGCCAUUCUUGGCUCCUUCUAUUGGUGUUACAUAUUAUCACAAAUUGUGGGUGGCGUUUUAACUCAAUAUUUUGGUACGAAGACCGUCUUUGGUGGGUCCCAACUUUUAACUGCAGUUUGCAGUUUACUUAUGCCCAGCGCUGCUGAAAUUCAUUACGGUGCUAUGAUAGCUCUCCGAAGUAUACAAGGAAUCGCUAGUGGAUUAACUUGGCCGGCUAUGUAUGCCAUUGUUGGACAUUGGAUUCCACCGGUAGAAAGAUCUCGUUUCAUGUCUUCCUUUCAAGGGUUCAGCUUUGGGAUCGGGUUGACCUAUCCGUUGUGCGGAUUCAUCAUCGCUCACUUUGGAUGGCAAGUGGUUUUCUACACGACCGGUACCAUCGGAAUAACUUGGUGUCUUUUCUGGUACUUCUUUGCCUUCGACACACCAGCCGCACAUCCAAGGAUCUCUCAGCAGGAACUGCGUUACAUACGUGGAAGCAUUGGCAAUCAAGUAUUAGGAACGAACGAGGGAAUGCCCGUACCAUGGAAAUCGAUUCUUAUGUCAUGGCCAGCUUGGGCGAUUGGUAUUACGACCUUUGGAAGAAUAUGGGUUCAUUAUGUUUUUAUUAUUCCUGGUCCGAUGUAUAUAAAAACCGUCCUUGGAUUUAGUAUUCAGGCUAAUGGAAUUUUGUCAGGGUUGCCAUUUAUCUGUAGUUAUCUGAGUUCCGUAGUAUUCUGUUAUGUCGCCGAUGUUUUGGUCAAUCGACAGAUCUUGUCUCUAACGAAUGUUCGGAAAGUUUUCACGGCAUUAUCUCAAGUGAUUCCUGGAAUUCUCGUGCUUCUUAUCGGAUAUCUGGGAUGUAAUAUAAUUCUUGUGGCAAUUGUUUGGUUCAUAGCUGUUACACUAAUAACUGCCGCCUAUGCUGGUGCAAUGGCUAAUAUCGUUGAUAUCGCGCCAAAUUUCGCCGGUCCUGUAUUAGCAUUCGCACAAACUAUUCACAUGACAGCUAGUUUUUUGUCACCUAUAGCAGCUGGUCUGCUCACUCAAGAAAGCCAAGCUCUGGACGCUUGGAGAAGAGUAUUCGGAGUGACUACGUGUGUAGCUUGUAGCACAUAUAUAGUGUAUCAAAUCUUUGGUACUGCUGAAAUUCAGGCAUGGAAUUAUCCUGAUCAAAAGUAUCCACAAUCCGUUCAAGAGGAUUCUCAACCUCUUAACAACUCACCUAGUAAAAACGGAAAGAUAGUUUCGAAUCGAGACAAUAUAACUGAGGAAGCAUAAUGCGUGUAUAUAUAUAUACAUAUACAUAUGUAAAUAUGUAUAUAUAUAUAUACACACACACGUAUAUACAUUAACAAAAGAAAAGAACGAAGUUAUUAAAGAGACGAUCGCCUUAUUUUCUGCACUGUUUUUCUUUGUUGUUUGACGUCUCGUUUAAAAAUAAGUAGAUCUCUUCGGUACAUAAUCUUGGUAUGAAAUCAUUCAUUGCAGACAAUUAUGACCGAUAUGAGAUUCUUAAAAUAUAUCUUGGUAUUUUUAUUUUACAAUAUGUUUUACUACCAGAACAUUUUAUUUAUAGUUUUUAAAUAUGAUAUAAUAGGGAACAAAGUUUGAAUUUAAUAAGUUAAUAUGAUAUUUCUGCACUAGUUCUAAGAAGAUCUUGAAACAUUAAUUUUCUUCUUUCCUUACAUUAUCAGACAUCAGAGUACCUUUCAAUUCUAAUAUAAUCGAUAUUUAUAUAGACGAAAUCGUUGUUGAGCAGAAAAACUCUCUUCGAUUGGUUAUUCCACGUGAAAGUACUUAUUUUCGAUGUCAUCGUCAUAUGUCUGUAAAUAAGAAUUAUAAUUAAUGCUACAACAAAGGUUACUUACAUAGAAAUCAGGGUAUUGUAUAUUAUAAUGCUAAGAGAAUAUUUUUAUGAGGUAGUUUUAUCUCAGGAAACCAAAAAAAAAGGUUUAAAAUAUUAAUUGAAUUUGAUUUUUAGGGGAAAGACAAAGAAGCACAAAAAUCUCAGUGAAAUAAUUAGCGAUUUUUAAUAUUUUAAAAAAUAAUUUUAUCAUCUUGCGUUAUAAUUUACUUUUAUACAUUCUCUGUGAUCGAAUCUUAUUUUAUUUUUUUUUUAUUUUAAUAAAAAUAUUACUUAUAUUACACUUUAGUAUAUCAUGUACAAAUGGAUCUUGUAAAGAUAUCACGCGUGCUGAAUUAUUUACACUUAAAAAUCUUUUUUUAAAAUAGUAUCAGAUAAUUAUUAUAUUAGAUGGCGAUUAGUAGGAAGAAAUGGACGGGAGAGAACAGUAAUCAGAAAAAAGGAACGAUGGAAAGUAAAAGUUUAAUUUUAUUCGUUUUCAUUCAAUUGUAAAGACAAGUAUAAUAUUUGAUAGUUCUUUGUAAAAAAGAAAAAAUAUAUCCUGAAUUUGAUAACAUUUUCAGAUACAAAAAGUAGGAUUACACGAACAGAAUAGAUAAUGCAAAAUAGAAUAUAUACAUAAAUGACAGAAACUAUAUUCUGUACUAAUCAGUGCCUUCUUGUAGGUACAUUUAAUUUAUUAACAUAGUAAACUUCUCGUCACAUUUUCAAAGAAUAUAAGUACUAUGUAUACCUCUUUAUGAUAUUUGAUUUAAAAAGUGUCUAGUCGGAGUUUGUCACGACCGAAUCCAUUUGUUAAACUAGUGGGAUAAGAGAAUUUCUUGGAUCUUUAGGUAAAACCCCCACGAAUUUUCAAGAAAUUUCAAUGCACUAAUUAAACUUUUCAUUCUUUUAAAAUGAAUAAGAAAGAAAUAAUAAGAUCGUUCUCUCUAUAAUUGCUGUAUUUACAUAUUUAUAACGUAAGUCGUAAACGAUUCCGUUUUAACAAGUUAUCACAAAUUGUUUACGUGUUCUUUUAAGAAUAUUAUAAUUUUGAUAUUUUUGUACUCUUCUCUUCUUUCUCAAUUAGAAUUAUAUUAUUGAGUAAUUGUUCGUAUAUUUAUCGAUCAUCGAUGCAAUAUAUGUCAUAAUUUAUUAAACUUUUAUUUGAUUCUUUGUUACAAAGUUUUUACAAUGAUAUUGUUAUCUUCAUUCUAUUCGCAUCAUUACUGAUAUGAUAAUGAUGAUAUUUCGCGUACAGAAUGGUCAUUAAACAUGUGGAAGACAUUGAGAAAUAAUUGAAUGACUAUUACUCUGUAUUUAGAAAACUUAAAAUUAUAUUCAAUUCUAUAUGUAUUUCAAAUUCUAUAUAUAUUUCAAGUUAUUACGAUUAAUUCUUUAAACAUAUAUAAUGUUAAAAAAGUUUUCUUUAAACGAUCGAGUCCAAAUUUAAGAUAAAAAUAAUGUUGUCGAAAGGAAAAAAGUAUAAUAAAUUGAGAUGUAGCGUAGUAAAAGACUUCCACAUGUAUGGAUAAUGUCUGAAAACCUUCAUGUGCCAUGUACAGCCAUGAUCGUAAUUUCAAACUUAAGAAUUAUAUUCUAAAAAAAACGUAUUUGUAGAAGCAUUUUCACAUUGUGUGUAUUAGACAAACUUGGAUCGUCACGUUUUUUAUGGUUUACAACAAUAAUUAUAAUUUACUAUUCGCGACAUACAAGCGAUCGACGAUCAUCGUGAAUAAAGAAAUUCUAUCGAAUCGAAUGUCUAAUUUCUAAAAGACAUUCAACGGGCUAAUUGCCAAAGGAAAUGGUAUGAUCCUACUUAAAUGAAAAAUAUGUGUAAAACUUAAUAAGAAAUAAAUGUAUAUAUAUAUAAUUUUAUUAAA